AUGCUUGUAAAGCAUCCUACCGAGAUGGCGCAGAUCAUUGGCAUGGACGGCAUAGAGCUGCUGUCUAUUGCCCUGACAAAACGUGAUGCUCUAAGCCUAGUCCGUAUGGCCUGCCUUGGUACGAAGAUAGCACAUCGCUUCAAGGAGGUACCUCAACCUUCCCCGGCCGACGCCCAGCCUUUGCUCAACGCUCUCACUCCAAACGUCGGGCCCGUCUCGCCUCAGCUCAGCGCAGGAAUACCCAAGGACUUGCCAUUGGCUCUAGCUGGUCCUUCAAACUCGGCAGUUGUUGGCUUCGAGACAGCGGCGCCCGAUUCCUCGGGUGAUAUGGUGAAGAAUGGACCAGUAGCGGUUACGGAUAGCUCUGUACCACAAGCCAAUACCGGUACCGUUUCGGAACCAUCAUCCGUCAGUCGUGUCAACUAUCUUGAAUGCUGGAACGCUUCGCUGAAAGUAAUUCAAGCCGCCCAGACCCAGCAGGCAAUCAAAGCCUUGAACGUCAUCGCCGAUCAUCUCGGGGACAGUAACUGCAUCGCCGUGUGCGGUUCCGGUGGCUCAGACGGGUUCGCCCGGCCUGUCUACGACUUUAUCAAAAUGACGAUCAAUCGGAUUGACGAGAAAGACCGGGAGAAUCAUCGUUUCUUCGUUUACCACAAUUCCACGAACUGGCAUCCGGCGUUUGACCGAUUGACCACAGAGCACCCGCUCCCACCAGAGUUUGUGAACAAACCUGGCAAUGACCUUGAUCACAUGUGUCUGUUUAUGCUUGAAGUCAGACGGAAGUUGCUCGCCAAGGACCCGGGGAGUGCGAAGGCUAUUAUUUUCCACCUGCUCAUUCCCUCGUGUUCCGAAAUACAGAUCAAGGAGCCGCUGCAUUUCCCCGGGGACCUCUACCCUCUUCGAAUUGAGGGGAUGAUGUACAAGGGCGCUGCCCAGGUCAAACUGAAUCUACCAGCAGCCCCUGCUAGUCUCUUGCAUGACGUUGCAAAUAUUCUCGACCCGGACCACUGGAACGCAAUAGCAGAGGGAACUAGCAUCGCCGUAGGAGGUCCAGCAUGUAUCUGGGGCAUUCCUGGCGCUGUGACCGCUUUGGGUGCUGGGUUGGGUCUCUUUACAGGACCUGGGGUGCUCCUUGCCAUCCCGAUAGUGGUUCUAUGCGGGCCAUUAGGGGGCUAUACACUUGAAAAGUCAGUUGGACCAUCCAUCUAUGAUACUAUAUGUGAGGAGGCGCCGAGGAUUUUAGGUUCUAAGGAGCGGUUGCAUUCGGCAAGAAGUCGAGGAAGUUGGAGACGGGGCCGCGCUCGAAACGGACAAACCGUCGGAUAA